AUGUUGUCAGGGGAGAGAGAGAAUGAUCAACAGUGGGUGAUUGGGCCGCCCCGACGGCAACUGGGCCGCCCCGACGGCCUCUGGGCCGCCCCGACGGCCUCUGGGCCGCCCCGACGGCCUCUGGGCCGACCCGACGGCCUCUGGGCCGACCCGACGGCCUCUGGGCCGACCCGACGGCCUCUGGGUCGCCCCGACGGCAACUGGGCCGCCCCGACGGCCUCUGGGCCGCCCCGACGGCCUCUGGGCCGACCCGACGGCAACUGGGCCGCCCCGACGGCCUCUGGGCCGCCCCAACGACCCCUCUGGGCCGCCCCGACGGCCUCUGGGCCGCCCCAACGACCCCUCUGGGCCGCCCCGACGGCCUCUGGGCCGACCCGACGGCAACUGGGCCACUAUCUGCAUGCCCACAGCAAGCUCGGCCUGUACCCAGGCCUGUAUUGA